GGUAUUAGCUAGUAUAGUGUACAGCAGCUGUACUAACAGCUUUAAAUAAACGUUUUUAUGUACACAGUCUUUUCUAUAUUAUUAUUUAUAUGUUGACGCAGUUAUUAUUCUUUUAAUUCGUUUUAAACGAAUAAUUGCAAGCAUUCCUAAAAAAUUAUCAUUGUUGAUGCUCAAGAAAAUUGUGUAUAUUUGUUAAAAAAACUACAGUGCUUUGAGGUUAGAACUUGUCAGUGACAAGUCAUUUAAAUUUCAAAAUUUUGAAGGGUCAUCGGACGACGAAUUGUAAAUUAAAUAUUUUUUAUAUAAGGUUUUAAUAUUUUCGUGAGAAAGGUUACCUAAAAUGGCGGAAGAUUUUGGAAGAGAAACACCACCGACGUAUACAGCAAAUGAAGAGACAAAGACAGCUGGUCAACCACUUUCAGAUUUUUUGCUGCAACUUGAAGAUUACACACCCACGGUACCUGAUGCAAUUAGUGAACAUUAUUUACAUACAGCUGGCUUCAACACAACAGAUCCAAGAAUAGUACGUCUGGUUUCUUUGACAGCACAAAAAUUCAUAUCUGAAAUAGCAAACGAUGCUCUGCAGCAUUGCAAGACACGUGGAGCUAAUCAAAAUACAAAAACAAAAGGAAAAGAUAGACGAUACACAUUGACCAUGGAAGAUCUGACACCAGCAGUAGCAGAAUAUGGCAUUAUUGUUAAAAAGCCUCAUUAUUUCGUUUAAUUUCAAAGUUCUAUGUUAUUUUCUCUUAUCUUAUUUAUUGCUUUAACAUUUCUUUAAAUAUAUAUAGAAUAGUUUCCUCAAACAUCAAUGUAACUUUAUAUAACAAUAUAAAAAUAUAUUUAUGAAACUGUAAA